AACAGCUUCUUUUUUAUUCAAUAUGAUUGAUUUUUCUUAUUAAACAGUGAAAGAAUUAAUCAUUGGAAUAAUCAAUCGGAAAAGUGUAAAUGAAUCCCUAAAUCACGAAAAUUUCUCCGGAAAAUUACAUUUCCAAAAUUGAAAAUUAAAUAUCUAAUUAAUUUCUGAGUGACAAUUCUAAUUGACCUCCAAGGAAAUGUUGAAAUCACCGACAGGAUUGACCGCCAUGUGGAAAAUUAUGAAAAUCGUGAGUUCGGGGUAGAUUUUCCGGUGGAAAAUUCGGGCGCAAUUUUCCCGGAGUACGAGACGAUUGCAGGGAUGUAAUUAAUCCAGUAAUUAUGAGCGAAGACUUCAAGUGGGAAAUCACGCGGGGUUGUCAGGACAACGAGGGGCUGGACCACGCAGCAUCGCUCAGGAAAGGAUAGAGGGGCCAGGGGGUGGAUUCUGGGGGUGGAAUACGUCCCAGAUAUUUAUCAGAGAUGGAGUUUCUGCAGAACCACCAUUCGACCAACAGCUCAGAGCCUGCCUAUACCCUAGGUUUGAACGGGUUGUUAGGGUCAGUAGGCAGCAUCGAGGCGAGCAUUCCAAACGGUCUCUGUGGGACAAGUGUCCUGAGUGUCCUUGGAGGUGAGGAGACCCUGUCAGAGUCUCACAAUCCAGGGGAUGACGCGACUACAGCUGCUGCAGCUGCUGCUGCUGUAGCUCUAGGGAGUCUUCAGGAGCUGCAGUCAAGUCCAGGGGAUGAGAUAAAUCCGGAGACAGGACAAGGGAUUCAUACCAACGGCCAGACACAAGUCGUCGGAGAAUUCGGCGCGAGUUUUUGGGUUGAUGACAUGGCAGGAUUUCCACUGCCUCCGCUGGACCUCGAUCCAUUGCCUCCAGGAUUGUUCAGCCCUUGUUCUGCCACAUACAAUUGGGGAUGCACAAGAUCGGACUGCAUGCCCCGGGCAGGAAAUCCCAAUGGAGAAGGUGUUGCCGACGUUUUGCUGUCCCUGAAACACGCUGUUGUCCAUCCAGCAAGUCCCACUGGUGGUUAUUACACAUCUCCAGUGGGAAAUCAUCAUUAUGGUCAAGAAUACGGACAAAAUCUGGCGCCUCCACCAGUGGCUCCUAGUCAUUACGCCGCUGGACCCGCAAUGUCCGUCAAUGUCUCCAUGAACAUGACCAUGAACAUGAACAUGCAUCCAGGGUACGACCAGAGUUAUGCAUCGGCUUGGGGCGUGGAACCCUUGUUGAGUCCCGCCUCUCAAUACAACCCGAUGCAGGAGUCGCAGUCGAGGGUAAAUCAGACAUCCACCAAUAGCUUUGUGGGUGCACACCCCUCGCAUUCUCAUCCCCACACCAGAAUACAAUCCACCGGCAACGAGCACGCGCUCUGCGUAUCAGCCAAUACCUCGGGUUCCAGUAUUAUUCAUGACGACAAUGGGAGACCGAAUUUAUGUAAAAUCUGUGGAAAAACUUAUGCAAGACCUAGCACGCUUAAGACACAUCUUAGGACGCACUCGGGGGAAAAACCCUUCAGAUGUCACGCUUGUUCGAAAGCGUUUAGCCAAGCAGCGAACUUGACAGCCCAUGCGAGAACCCACUCCGGGGAAAAGCCCUUUCGAUGUCCAGUGUGCGACCGAAGGUUCUCCCAGAGUAGUUCCGUGACGACGCACAUGAGGACCCACUCCGGCGAGCGUCCCUACAGAUGCAGAUUCUGCAAGAAAGCAUUCUCGGACAGUUCCACCCUGACGAAACACCUGCGCAUUCACUCCGGGGAGAAGCCAUACCAGUGCAAAUUAUGCUUACUACGUUUCAGCCAAAGUGGCAAUUUGAACAGGCACAUGAGGGUCCACGGUGGCUCCCUGACGUGACACACUACGACCAAUCAAUCAUUAUCAAUCGAUUGUACAUGCACCACAUUUCCAUACUGUCGAAUACCAGCCUGUAUUCGACUCGGUUCCAACUUACAACGAAAUUAUUAAAUUUUUAGCAUUUUACCGAGAAUUUAUCAUUAAAAUAAUUGAAGCGAGUGUCAACGAAAGUGUUAAAAUUAUCUCGAGUAUUUCAGAAAUGUUUCUCUCCUCGAAGCCAAACAAAUCCUGUGAUCUCUUUCCUAUGACAGAGCUAUUCACUAUUUUGAAGUCAUUGAUUAUUAAAAAUCAGAGUGCGCUCGGGCCACACGGCAGAAGUGAAACUUCUGGAAGGAUUCUCACAUAUUGCAAACUAUUGACCUUUAGAAUCUCUCUCUCCAUUCUCAUUCCGUAAUUACUGGAUCGAUUUUGAAGAGUAUUAAUAUGAGAAUAGUUACACAGAAUGGUGAUACCACGUCAGAUCAAUGAAAAAGGAUCUCUAGCUUUUUUAUUUCUAAUAGCAGAAAGAAAUGUCUGAUGAAAGAAAAGGAAUAGAAGGGAGAGAGGGAUCACUACAUCCGUCACAUUGAUUGUGUCACUUCCGUUUCUAUUUUCGUAACGAUUUUUCAUUUCACUACCCCUGCCAAAAAGUAUCACUUCAAAAAUAUCACUCAUCAGUCAAUAGAAAAGGAGUAAAGUGAAACUCCAUUUUUUCACUAGAACCAUUGAUCCUCGGAGGAAAUGCCAAAAGACCAUUUUCCUUGGAAAUUUAAUGACCUACAAAAAAUGCCUUUAUCAUUUUUAUCGUAGACCAACCAUUUCCGAGAUAUCCCAUAAUUAACAAGAAAAAAUAUUCAAUUAAUGACUUUACUUUUUGACUACUGAAAAAAUUCGACGAAAAAAUCAGAAAUAAGAAAGAGUCGAUGAAAAUCUGUUGUGGUUCCUCAAAUGCGUCUUUCGAAAUAGUCUCCAGCUCUGGAUCGAGGGAAUCUGAAUCGAAAAAAAUGGCAAGAAGCCCUAAACAUUCACCACAGCACCGUUGAUUAUUGUACAAAUAUUGUAUUUAUUGUAAUAAUUAUUAUUAAUCAUAAUUAAUAUUAAUGUUGCGGUACUCAUCACCGUAUCAUUUAUUAAAUCAUCGUCUAUGUUUCAUCGCACUUUGUUAUCUUCUCUUCCCCAUCAAUCCGCAAUUUAUUUACCCAACAAUGACUCAAUCCAUUCCAGCCUUCUCUCACGUUUUGUUGGAUCUCUAGUUUUUUUUUUUUUUUGUAAAAUAAAAAUGUGUUACUUCUUUUCAAUCAUUUUUUUCUCUCUCACCAGGGUUUACGCAUAAUUAAUUUCGUGGUACUCAGUAUUAUAUACAUGCAGGUGGAUCUUAUCGAUGAGAAGUUCUCUACAACCGAUUCAUUAAAGAAAAUGGGGUGAUAAUAAUGAAAGAAUCGAAUAAUUUGGGAUCAUCCAGUGGUUCGUCUCGUUUAAUUGAUUAUUUCCAAUUUUCAAUCUUUGAGAGACUGAAAAAAAAAUCAAAAUGUGGAAAAAAUUUUGGCUCUUGAAUUCUCAGCGCAAGAGAGAUCGUUUUUUUUUUGUAAAAUCUUGAACAAAUUCUUCAUUUCAUAGAAACAGGACGAAGUGAGUUAAGAUUGAUUGAAGGCAGAAGAAUAUUUCUAAUAAUUGUUUAAAAAUACGAGGUGAGGACCACCGUUGUGGAAGCCAUUUUAGAUGAGAAGACAUUCAAGAUGGCGACCCUCGUAUGUGCCACCUUUCCAUCACCUCGUAUUUUUGAAGAUUUAUUAGAACAGUUUGUCUUCAUCAAACUCUAUUCAACCCACUUAAUUCUGUUCCUCAAAAAUGAACAAUUUUUUGAAGAUAUCUUUCAUAAAUAUGUAGCUUUAAGAAUUCUCGACCUAAAGUUUUUCCCCCAUUCCAGUAUUUUUUUUUCUCUUCCAAAGGCCUCUCAAGAUGAAAAAAUACUGGAAAAACCUACAAAUCCCCUGGAAUAUCACUAGCUCUAAAAAUGGAGGAAGAGGAAGAAGAGGAGGCCUCUUGUGAUCGACUGUUAAAUUUCUCAAUUAUUUAUAUAUAAUUUGUUUCUUGCAAAUAGGAGGGGAGUGAUUUAACAAUGGAAACAUGAAGAAAAUGUUACAUUUACUUCGAAUUACUUCAUCGCCACAUUGAUUUCCCUCUCUUUCUCAGAUUAAAAACUAUAAUAAGAACAAUUUUUCUGUUUCAUUUAUCUCCAUUCCUUUCUCCACUUAAUCCCAAGUCAUUUACACAUUCUCAAAUUCAUUCGUACUCUGUCUUUCACUCUCGAUCUCUAAUAUGUAUAAUGAUGUAUAAGUAAUUAAUAUUUCUUAGAAAAAAAAAAGGAAAAAAAAAAUUGUAUAAUGCAUCUAACUUGUAAUGUUACUUUGUACGAGUGCGCUAAGACGAGUUGACAAAAUUUUAUUCAAUUUUUUCUACAUCCUCUCUAUCUCUCUCUUUCUCUCAUGCUCUCUCUCUCUCUCUCUCUCUCUCUCUCUCUUUCUCUCGUAUUAAUUAGUCCUCGCAAACGUACGCAGUUUAAUUUUUAGUUUACGCAUUUUUUUUAUCAUUUUUAUCAUUUUUUUAUGCACGUAAUCUACAUAGAAAUAUUUUUAUCCUCGCGUCUGUCAUUAUCCUGUGUACAUGAAUUGUAUGUGAUGCUCACGUAUCUCAUUAUUAACUCAGUUAUUUCCAUUUCAAUAAGAUAAGUUUUAAUCAGGGAUCACUUGUUCUAGAAAAAAAAAAGAAAAAUCAAAAUGAAUUUUUCAUCACUUCGUCGGUUGGAAUGAGUCAAAUUUUCUCAAACUUCUUAUUCACAAAUCCGCGAUGGUAGUUGCACUCCACAAACUGAUCAAUUGCCAGAGAAAUAUUGAAUAGAAAAAAAAAACGGCCAAAUAAACUGAAUAGAUAUGUUUCUCUCUAAAAUAUAUGAUCAAUUCAUUUUAUUAUAAUUACCAAAUAAUCUAUCGAUUUUCCACCGUUUAAAAAACGUCUCAUCCAUCCUCACCUACUCCAUAAAAUUCCACUGAAAAAAUACUCGACUUAAUUGCUACUAUUACUCAUACCAUUAAUUAAUAAAACUCGAUGUUUCACUCUCUCAUACUUUCACUCUCUACCACUUUCACUCGACGUUUUACCAAAAAAAAAAAAAAAUUCUCAAUUUAAAAUGACUCCUGACUUUUCAUACAAAAUACUCUACCAUCGCGGUUUCCUCACCACUAAAAAAGAAAAUCCAAAAGUUCCUAAAACACAGGGAGGAAUUAGUCCUGAUGGAUUUAUAAAUAUAAGAGGAUAUUUCCAAGUCUGUUGUCACAUUUUUACUGUAUCAAAUAGUCUCAAGCCCGCAAAUGUGACGAGAAAAUUACCACAAUAAUUAUCUCUCAUCUGUACAUGUGGUGCCCCGAAAAAAAAGGGCCCCAUCAAUCACACAUUUGCGAGACACUGAACAAAUCAUUUGAGUUCGUCUCUCUGGUUCUGGGUCUCAUCAGUUGUCUCUCGAUAGUUAUAUAUUUAUUUUAUACUUUUAUAUAUAUAAUAACAUAUAUAUAAGUUUUUCUCGUUUUUAAUUUUUGUAUCAUCUUUUUAGUCGUCUCAUGCUGGACGUCACCGAUUCCUCAAGAUCUUGUUGAUAUCAGCAUCACUUGGAUAAUCACUCCACUCUCAAUAUUUCCACCAUUAAAAAGAAAGGUAUCAAAUCGACCCACGACCUCCUCCCAAUUACCAAUCAUCUCUACCCUUUAUUCAACCGAUCACAAACCCCAAAUCACGUGAUAAAGAAAUAAGAGAAAUCUGUUUUAAUGGUGUACCUCAUAUAUUACACAUCAAUUAAAUGUAAAAUACCUUCAAUGAAUGAGAAUCAGCGGUUGAGUAAAUGAAUGGAAAUAUCGACGACAUUUAAAAAGAAGAAAAAUUAUUUAAUGAUUUUUUUUAUCAAUUUCUCUCGAUUCAAUGCAAAAUCUCCACGAAAUACAAAAAAAAAAUGCGACGCUGUAGAUUUCCAGGAGGAAGAUUUCUAGAGAAUAACGAAUACGAGGGUAUGAGCCUAGAUAAAAAAAAUUCACGUGUAUGACGUUGAGAGUAAAAAAGAAAAAAAAAUCCCUUUUCUUCUAUUAAAUCUAAAAAAAGUAUUCUAAAGAAGCAUCUUGUCUUGAUCCUCUUGUUAUCUACAGCGAUCGCUAUUUUUUUUUCCUCACUCUCUUCCCCAUUCAAUUAUUCCAUUAAUCUUGACAUAAACAUCCACAAUUAUAUUCGACAUACCAGAAAAGCUUCACAAGAAAAAAAAAACGAAAAAAAAA